AACUUUGCGGUGUGCCACCGGUUACCCGAUUCCUGUCCAUAUAGACCAUCUCCUAGGCGGUUGUCUUAAGAGGUCUCUACUUUUCCCCCUAUACAUCCUCUCUCCUUUCUCCGGCCAAGAUGUCGGAACCUCGCUCAAUGGAGGCCCGUACGGGCCGCACAAACCAACGGUACGGAUCGAAAGGCGAACGACUCGUGGCCGGUGUGGUUCCGCUGUCGGCGGAUAAGACAAAGGUGCUUAUGAUCCAGUCCUCCGGGCGCGGAGGCUGGGUGCUCCCCAAAGGCGGUUGGGAGACCGAUGAAGGGAGCGCUCAACAGGCGGCCUGCAGAGAGGCCUGGGAGGAGGGUGGAAUCGUGUGCACGGUGCAUAAGGACCUGGGGUUGAUCCCGGACAUGCGGCCGUCGUCGUUACUGACGUCCAACGCCCCGAAGGCAUCAUACCAGUUUUUCGAGGUCACGGUCGACCGGGAAGAGGACCAGUGGCCCGAGAUGCACAAGCGGAAGCGCCAAUGGGUCAGCUACGCGCAAGCUGCCGAUGCUCUGGCCAGUCGUCCAGAGCUUCUAGAAGCGCUAAAUCGCAGCUCCCUGCGGAGGUAGCGAUGGCGCCACAUUCCUCUCUCGCCGAGAGGAAUUUUUAGGUUGGAGAAUCGCCUGCGGGCGGGAACAUCCAUCACGACUUGAAAUGAUUCUGCAACCGAAAAAGCUACCUUCCCCUUAUUUUCUGGUUGGC